AUUUGAAAUAGACAAGAUGGCGGCGUACACAUUGUUGGAUUACAUCAUGGAGCAAAACAAUGAUUACAUUUAAUAACAGAGCAUUUUCUAAAUUCAAACGAACCCUCUGCAACUAGACAUGGAUGUUUAAAAGACUUGGUGUCUUCCAAGUCAGGAAUUGAGAAAGUAUUGCCAAGUUAAGGGAGAGAGUUAUACUGUGAGUCGCCAUCAUCAUCAUGGCAGACUUUGACCAUGACCAGCAGGAGCCUGCAGGACUAGAUGGCUUGCCAGCCAUGUACAGUAUUGUGAAGGGAGAGGUGGCUUCUGUACAGACCUACGGAGCCUUCAUCAAGAUUCCUGGCUACAGGAAGCAGGGGUUGGUUCAUAUCAGUGAGUUGUCAGCCUGUAGGGUUGAAAAUGUUGCAGAAGUCGUUGACGUGGGAGAGCAGGUGUGGAUCAAGGUCAUCGGGAGAGAGAUGCGUGAUGACAAGGUGAAGCUCUCCUUCUCAAUGAAAGCUGUCAAUCAAGGAACAGGGAAAGACCUGGACCCCAACAAUGUCAUAGCAGAGCAGGAUGAGCGGAGGCGUAGACAGUUCAAAGAUGGUACAGGACGGAGGAUCACAUUGGAGGCUGUACUCAACACCACCUGCAAGAAGUGUGGCUGCAAAGGUCACUUUGCGAAGGACUGUUUCUCGGCCCCAGGGCUGCAGUAUGAUCUGAUACCUGAGGAGGGCGAUGAUGAGCCUCAGCAGCUACAGAAAGAGCCUAUCAACCCCAACCUCAUCCCACUCGCAGUCCGCAAAACCCAACCUCCACAGGACUCACACAAGAAGAAGAAAAAGGAGAAAAAAGAGAAAAAGGAGAAGAAGGGGAAGAAGAAGAAGAGGAAGAGGGAGAGGAAGGAGUCCGAAAGUGACAGCAGCAGCAGUGGACCCAGUCAGGCCAAGAGAGGGCGCCAUGACGACAGAGAGGACAGAAAGAAGAAGAAACACAAGAAACACAAGUCCCACAAACACAUCUGAGACUGAUCUGACGGACUGACACACAUACAUUGCACUAAACACACACAAAUGACACUGUAGACACACAUACACACAGGUGGACACGCACAUACACAGUCUAGACUUGGUUGGACACACACACAAGUUGACGCAACAGUCAGAAGCCCCUCAUAGCCCCUUGCCCCUACCGUCUGACACAUGCAGAUCGAUAGAAACCUGAUAGGUGUUAGCAAUAUGGCAGCUUCCCUGAGCCCAUCGGAAAGUUAAGUAUAUAUUGCACCUAUCCAGUUCCCUCAGAUCUACCUUUAACACUGAAGAGGUUAGUGUUGUUUUCAGGAUGACAGUAUAGGUGUCUCAGAUCCCACAACACCUGGAGUUAACAUCUCAGGAACCAUAUCAAGACGUUGUAAUCUGUGCAGGCCUGUGCUGUGUUAGUAAUACGUGUAUCUGGAACCAGUCCACCUGUCCUCACUGGUCAGGUUAAACGCAUGACAUACACUACAUGACCAAAAGUAUGUGGACACCUGCUCGUCGAAAAUCUCAUUCCAAAAUCAUAGGCAUUAAUGUGUAGUUGGUCCUCCCAUUGCUGCUAUAACAGCCUCCACCCUUCUGGGAAGACUUUCCACUAGAUGUUGGAACAUUGCGGAGACUUACUUCCAUUCAGCCACAAGAGCAUUAGUGAGGUCAGGCACAGACGUUAGAUGAUUAGGCCUGGCUCACAGACGGCAUUCCAAUUCAUCCCAAAGGUGUUUGAUGGGGUUGAGGUCAGGACUAUGUGCAGGCUAGUAAAGUUCUUCUACAAUGAUGUCGACAAACCAUGCUGAAACAGGAAAGGGCCUUCCCCAAACUGUUGCCACAAAGUUGGAAGAACAGAAUUGUCUAGAUUGUCAUUGUAUGCUGUAGCGUUAAGAUUUCCCUACACUGGAACUAAGGGGACUAGACCGAACCAUAAACUGUCCCAGAUCAUUAAUAUUCCUCCACCAAACUUUACAGUUGGUACUAUGCAUUAGGGCAGGUAGCGCUCUUCUGGCAUCCGCCAACCCCAGAUUUCUCUGUCGGACUGCCAGAUGGUGAUGCGUGAUUCUUCACUCCAGAGAAGGCGUUUCCACUGCUCUAAAGUCCAAUGAUGGCGAGAUUUCCACCACUCUAGCCGACGCUUGGCAUUGCGCAUGGUGAUCUUUGGCCUGUGUGCGACUGCUCAGCCAUGGAAACCCAUUUCAUUAAGCUCCUGACAAACAGUUCUUGUGCUGACGUUGGUUCCAAAGGCAGUUUGGAACUCGAUAGUAAGUGUUGCAACCGAGGACAGAUGAUUUUUACACCCUUCCACACUUCGUGGUCCCACUCUUCAGUAAGGCCAUUUUAGUGCCAAUCUUUGGCUAUGGAGAUUGCAUGGCUGUGUGCUCGAUUUUAUACACCUGUCAGCAAGAGGUGUGGCUGAAGUAGCCAAAUCCACUCAUUUGAAGGGGUGUCCACGUACUUUUGUAUAUAUAUAGUGUACAUACAUCAAAGCAACACACACAGGAAGUGGUAAAGCCGUAAAGAGGAAGUGUAUAUGUGUUACAGGAGAUUCCCCAGAAACACGCCACUUCGAUACAGCUAUGACUGGAAGUUACUUUUUCGUAGCAGGUUAGGAGAAUAAGGCUAGGGUUAGAAAAAAUGCUCUCGUAACCUUCUACGAAAAGUCACAGUCAUAGCUGUAUGGAAGUGCUGAGUUUUUAGGGAGUCCCGGUCAAACAUACAGGAACCUCAUGCUUGCGAUAUCCUGUUGGUACACACCCCUUAUUGUGUGUGAACACGUGUACUCUGCAAACAUGUCAUCCAGUACUUGAAGAUGUGUGUUUGUGCGCAAAGGAGUUUGUGUAACAUGGUCCAUAUUCCUGUAUGCAAACUAUGAGGGUCUUUAUUAAAGAUUUGAACUGUCAA